UUGUUGCUGAGGAGGUUCCACUGUGCACUCAGUGCAUACCAUCAAAUUGGUUCGCGGCUGUCGUGUCCUGUUGCAAUUGUCCCCUUGAUUUAAAAAAAAAAAAAAAAGCAACAAUGGCGUCUUUUUCUGACCGAACUUAUCUCGGACGCUAUGGCAAGAUCGCAUUGUUUCACCUUUUGUUUCAUAUGACAGGGUUGUUGGCCAGUCAGGUGGUGGUGCCCCCCAGUGUGAGCGCCGUGCUGGGGAAGAACCUGACGUUAGAGUGCCGGGUGGAUGUGGCGACCAACCUAACUCUCACCCAGAGCUCUUGGGAGCGGCGUUUGCCUACCGGCUCUGUCACGGUGGCCGUCUACAACCCGCACUACGGCAUCUCCAUUUCCCCAGAGUUCAUCCAUCGCUUGUAUUUCCGCUCACCCUCGUCCCACGAUGCCACCAUCGUACUGGAGAAUGUGGGCUUUGCGGACAUGGGCAUGUACACCUGUAAAGUGGCGACAUUCCCACUCGGGAACACUCAAGCCUCCACGACUGUCAGCGUGCUCGUGGAGCCAAAGGUCUACGUGUCUGCCGGCUCAACCGCGCUAAUAGACGGGAGCAACGAGACCGUGGUGGCCACUUGCAUUGCCGAGCGGGCCCGCCCCCCCGCCGAGGUGUCCUGGGAGUCCAACCUUUUCGGCCAGUCGGAAGUGCAGCUUUUCGACGACGUCAACGGAACCACGACAACACAAGUGCGCUACCUUUGGCAGCCCACCCGUCACAUCCAGGGCCACACGCUCGCCUGCGUUGUCCGCCACCCGGCUCUGCUGAAUGACUUCAGGGUCCCCUACCAGUUGAAUGUACAGUUUGCUCCUGACAUCUCUGUGGUGGGAUACGAUGGAGACUGGUAUGUGGGCCGGGACAGUGUUCAAAUGAUGUGCAAAGCCAAUGCAAACCCGCCAGCUCAUCAUUUCAGAUGGAUCAGGCUGGAUGGUGAGAUGCCAGAAGGCGUCGAAAUCCUCAACAGCACACUGCUUUUCCUCCGUCCUCUCCAGAGGAACGAUUCGGGCGUGUACAGGUGUGAGUUUGCCAAUGACAUCAACCUCCGCAGUCGGGACGUUCGCAUUCUCAUACAAGAUCCUCCCACCAUGCCUUCCACCAUUACUGCUCCUGUCCUCUCUGGUUCCUCCUCCACCCUAGUGGACGAUAAGCGCCACGUUCAUCUCAACUCCACUACUCUUGAAGCGCUACCCGAGAGUAACCUGGGCACCGUAGUGGGUGGGGCAGUGGGCGGGGCCUUGUUCCUACUGCUGCUGCUGUGUCUGGCCGGCGUGUACUACCUGCGGAAACAGCAGACCUUGCACGGGGACUACGACGCCAAACAGUACCCGGGCCCCGGCGAUGUCCAGAAAGCCCCCGGCAAUCAGCACGAGCUCCACGCCGCCAAAGCCGGCGGCGGCUCCCACCGCCAUCAGGACCACGACAGAGAGGAGUGGGGCGGCCGCGAGCUCAAGCGCCACUGCAGCGACAACGGAGAUGAAUACCCGUCUAACGGCUAUACGCGGGCCAUGAGGGAGGGCGGUCACCACAGCAACCAGCAGAAUCCCCAGCAGGGACAAACAGAGUAUUGUAGUCCACAGCAGCAGCCCAGGAGGCCCCGAUACGCGCACUCUCCCAAACCUGCGAGGAACGGCUCCCCCUACGUGCCAAACAACUGCUACGAUAGCGGCCCGGGGGGCGAUUACGUCUCUCACAAAGACGGCUCGGUCAUCUCUCGCAGGGAGUGGUACGUUUGACCAGCUCCCUGGUCCUGGCGUCCCGAUCACCACUUUACUAAAUUAGAAAACAUUUGACUUCUCUUCUUCGAAUACCUUUGCACCCUGGAAGACACUUGAGAGAGGCUCAUGAUGUGAAUGAGCCUCGUGGCUGUGUGAUAAUGUGUGUGCGCUCCCUGGACCGCCAGUUUUUGUCCAGUCGCUAAUGUUGUCAGGUGAGGAAGCCCCGGUGGCCUUGCUUUCUCACAUUGCACACACCGAUCCGCUUUAGACCUGUGACCUCUGAAUACGCUACACUGAGAUGAAAUGGCCGACCAGAACCUGAUGUCCAUCCUGCGAUGAGUCUUGGCUCUUCCGAUGGUUACUGGUCCUAACCUCCCAUUUAUCAGUCAAAUUAAUUGCACUGCCUUUUGCCAUAAUCACCCCCGUCCCAAUUAACUUGAGGCCUUGCUAACUUGAGUUAAUGUUCUGGGAUGGACCUCUCCUACUGUUGUGCUUAGGAAGGUUGAGAAAGGAAGCCAGGUCCCUUCCACCAUCAGACGUGAAGUCUCCCAUUUGUAAAUGUGAUGAAAGGACCCGCCACGGUCCGCUAUUUAGCCUCUUGAGUUGGACCCUCUUUUUAGUUGACCAUGCCUCGACAUGACAAUUGGACAGUUUGCACUCUGGCACAGGGCCAGUGUAUCCACUGGGGGGUUGUCAGUAACAAGGCCGCCAACACAGACCGGAGUACGGUAUUAAGUUACACAGCAGCGCCACUACCGCUACUAAUGGGUCCACUAAUCUGUAGCGGUGUCAAUUAAAUGCUUGUCUGUGGCACUUGUGCUCCAGUAGCUGUGUUCAUCACUUCUCCUCUGAUUGUUGUCAUCAUCGCAGGUAUAAUUUUGAUGAUUAUGAUAUCCGGACAAAUCUGAGUUUUAACUGGGGGCCCACCACGUGGUUUGUAUGCAAAAGCGGGCGAUGACAUUUGGUUCACUCAUUCUUCAUCUUUGUUUUGUUUUGAUGCACACGCCGCGCUGGAUUAUCGUGGAUUUUGGUUUUGGGGACCAGAUUUGUUUUAGUCUUCUCAAAUGUCAGGAUAUCAUUUCAGGAUCUCUCUGUGAUGUAAAGUAUUGUGGCACGUGCACUUACCAGACGGGAUGGAGGAGAUCGGACAAUCUCCUCCUUGCACAGUAGUGUUUAUAAACGGUAGCUUUUGUCAUCUUUGACCAUAUGUGCUCAGAGGCCAAAUAUUUGCUUGUGUGUAGAAAACACUAGAUGACAAUGAAGUCGUAGCAUAGAUUAGCUUCUCACAGGGUCCCGUAGCUUGAAAUGGAAAGACACCUUAGCCACUUUAACGGUAGUCGUCCGGUGGACGUUUAGUUUAAUUGAUGUUCUUAUUAGUCCGGGUGUGACUGUCGUGCUGUGAUUAGGCAGCCAUCGUGGUAGUGGCAUGUUGGCCAGUGCAAACCAUGUCGUUUCUAAUGUGAAAUACUAGAGACACAUGCUCCUUGUGUUAAAAAAAAAAAAAAAGGUAUAUAUCUUUCACGGCCAUAUUUUCACGUUUAUCUCCAGUGUUUGUACAGUCUAAAGAGUGCCAUCUUUUGUGGCUGCCGCCGCCAAGCGUGUACUCUGUUUUUUUUUUUUGGUCUUUUUGGUAGGAAAGACUUCGAAUUUGCUUUGGACACAAGUUGGUGUAGGGAAGAUAUGAAAUUGCUCCGCAGGCAACGUUUGUCUCUCUGGGUGGGCAAGAUGGCUUGAGAAUACAAUUUCAUGUGUGUCUCCAAACUGCAGCCGCAUUGAGCGCUGCAAAAUAGAACAGGCCUGACGUGACAUUUUCAUGGUUCGGGUGACAAAAUAAGCAUUGUGGCCACCUCGGUGUCCAGGCAAACAUCCUUGCAGGUAACAGGAAGCAUGGCUGCCUAAUCCCCUCUUUUUUUUUCUUUUUUUUUUUUGCUUCUAUGCACUAAGGCGGAAACUUGACAAAUCGAUUUUUUUUUUUUUUUUUUUGCAGCCCUCGUACCUGACUUCAUCCAGUUUGCUUGAGCGAAGCUACGAGACACCUUGAUAAAUGAACUAGUGCCUUAGAAGAUGUUUGUUUCCAUAUCUGUAGUUUCCCUGUCAAUGCCCGGUGCCAUUUACUGUCGUCAGUGCCAUAUAUCCGCCGUAAACACCAGAGUAUUCCGAACCCGCUAUCGUCACUAAAACACAAACUUUGGUUGUAAAUUAGUUGUCUCUGGUUCACAGGUUAGUACCACAGUAAACAAACACUGUGAGUCGUUUCCUUUUUCUUUUUGUACAUAAAUAUGUGGACAGUAUUCAACAGGAAUGUAAGUUAAUGGAAAGAAAUAUAUAUUUAUGUUCGUGAAACAUUUAUUUGUUGUUCUUUCCCCCCCACCCCUCAGAUACUUUAUCUCAAUAAAGCACCUUAGCACAUGUGA